UGUACUGAGGAGCUGUGUGGAACUGAAACAUAAGCAGUCCGGUUAAAGCAGCAAUCGAAGGAAGCACAACAUGACAUAUUAUUACCACGGAGUCUAAAAACACAUGCAAACCACUCAAGGCAAAACGGUUUCGAAACUAAACAUUUGCAGUCGCUUCUUUGUGGAUUCAGACAGCAGUAAAAACAAGCCGGUCUGGAGCAAUCGAUAUGCUGUAAACCAUGGACAGCAGAAUUAACGAGAAUCCUGCAAGAACCUUUGAUCUUGUACUGCAGGUGGAAUGCCCUGCUUCUGAAAGUAAAGAUCCAGUGGUGUUGUGGAGGUUCCCGAAGGACUUUGGAGACCAGGAAGUACUGCAGACUGUGCCAAAGUUCUGCUUCCCUUUUGACGUUGAAAGGGUAUCGCAGAACCAGGUGGGCCAGCACUUUACCUUUGUGCUUACAGAUAUUGAUGGCAAACAGAGGUUUGGUUUUUGCCGGCUAACAUCCAGAUGCAAGGUCUGCCUCUGUAUUCUCAGUUACCUCCCUUGGUUUGAGAUUUACUAUAAGCUGUUAAAUACUCUGGCAGACUAUUUAAUAAAACAACAGGAAAAUGACUGGAAUGAUAUGCUAAAGUCAUUGUACAGCUACCCGGUGCCAAAGCCAAACACUUCUGUCAAUCUCAGCGUGAAUGAACAGUUAUUCUUUGCCACUGGGCAAGCUCUGAAAGAUCAGCAAAGCCAGCUGCCGCAUUCAUACUUCAUAACUCCCGAUAUCAAUGGACUUCCGACAAUACCUGAAAGUAGAAAUCUGACUGAAUAUUUCGUUGCUGUGGAUGUGAACAACAUGUUGCUCCUUUACGCCAGUAUGAUGCACGAACGACGAAUCAUUAUUACCUCAAGCAAGCUAAGCACUUUAACUGCAUGUGUUCAUGGGUCAACUGCCUUGCUGUAUCCAUUGUUCUGGCAACAUAUUUACAUCCCAGUGCUUCCUCCACAUCUCUUGGACUACUGCUGUGCACCGAUGCCCUAUGUGGUUGGAGUUCAUCUAAGUUUAAUGGAGAAAGUAAAAAGCAGAACACUGGAAGAUGUAGUCGUCCUAAAUGUUGACACAAACACUUUCGAAACCCCAUUUGAUGACCUUCAAAACCUACCCAGUGAUGUGAUCUCCACUCUGAAAAGUAAAUUAAAAAAGCCCUGUACAGCGACGGGCCGUGGAGUGGCUAUGGCCUUUCUCAGGACCCAGGCGGCCCUGUUCGGCUCCUACAGAGAUGCCUUGAGAUAUAAGCCAGGGGAGCCAAUCUCCUUUUGUGAAGAUAGUUUUAGAAACCAUCGCUCCAGCACUAUGAGAGCUUUCCUUAAAAUGGCGGUUAAUCUUCAGCUUUUUAAACAGUUCAUUGAUGGCCGACUAUCCAGGAUAAAUGCAGGGCGAGGAUUUUCAGAUGUUUUUGAAGUAGAAAUAACUGAGGGUGGCUUUUGUGGAGCAAAUUCAAGGUUGUAUCAGCAGUGGAUGCAACCAGUAAAGAAAGGUGGUGCAAUGAUUAACACAGCCGUUACCAAAGCAAGCCCCACUGUGAAAACUGUAUACAAAUUUGCUAAAAGUCAUGCCAAGCAAGGACUAAAAGAAAUGAAGAGUAUGUUAAGGCAAAAGGAGACCAAUGAAGAAGAUGGACAACUCAGUAUGGGCUCUCCCAGUAGUACUAAGAGCCUGUCACCUAAGAGAAAGCAAGGGCAACGACAGAGAAAAUUCCAUCGGCCAAACACAAGUAUGGGUUGUGCAGAUUUUGCAUUGGGUGAUGAUGAUGAUGAUGAGAUGGAUACAGCCAGCAAGUUGUCCUCUGAGGAUAGCGGUGAAGUUUCUGCAUGUAUUGACAACAGUGACGAUUCUUGCGAAAUGGAUUCAGAUAAACAGUAUACUGGCAAAAUGGACCUGCUAGGAGAAAUUUUAGACACCUUAAGCAUAAACAGCUCGGACCAGGGCAAGCUCUCAGGAGCCAAGAGCUUAGAUUUCUUCAGAUCAAUGGAUGACAUUGAUUAUAAGGUGGUAAGUUGUUUCUUUUUUAUUUUUCACUGUGAACUGACCACAGUCUUGACAUCAUAUAUAAUAGUCUUAAAGUACAGAUAAAUAGAAGAGUGUUUGACUAACAUGGCAAAUCGCACCAUUAUGAACUUGCAAAUAAUUAUACUUAUAGAUGUAUUAAUAGUUCUGUAAUCUGUAAAUAUUGCUUACCAAGAUGUCACUUAGAAGUCACGUGCUUUCAUAGAAACAUGCAAACAUCCAUUCAAGAA